UGUGACAUUUACAUGACAGACUUUUUGUUGGGAGCGCGAGAAGCGAAGUUGUGUGAAUUGUUUUAUUUUGUCUAUUUAGUGUUUUUUCAGGAUUAAUUAUGUAAUAGCGGUGGUUUAUUGACUGUUUAGUAUCUGUGAAAGUGUCCAAAUGUGAGUAAAUGAAACAAAGCCACUGGGCGUAGUUUCUCGAGAACCACUAAAAAGUCUACCGAAAUCACCAUUUUACUGAGAUAAUUCCUACCUCAUUUCAUUCACACCGUUUCAUCUCAUAUCAUCUUAUUGCAUUUCAUUUUAUUUAAUUUCAUGCCAAUUGAUUAAUGUUUCAAAUUAAACAACUCAAUUUCAUUUCACUUUGUAUUAAGAUUUUUCAUAAAAUAAAAAAUUAAACAUUAGGCUGUAUGGUAUGAAUCUUAAUAUACCGUUACCUUUCCAGUUGGAAAAAUAGAGCUUCAACUUUACAUGACAUUAACGCUGUCAAGCACUUUUAUUUGUUAAUUUGAUAAAACUAUUUACAAAGCUACAGAAAGGAUUAAAAUUACAUCUAGAGCAUUUCAAAAUAGAUCUAAUAAAGACUUUUAGUACCUUCGUUUAAAUAUAAUAUUAAUCACCAUGAGUUGUUUCGAAAACAUAAGCAUGCCGAGCUGUGUUUGGUUCGAAAGCGGUGAGAAACGAAACAUUAUGGCAUCAAUAUUAGCGGGACUGCUGUUUUUCGCAGGAUGGUGGUUUAUAAUUGAUGCGGCUUCUGUAUACCCAGGGGAUCUGCCUAAUGCAGCUCAUGUAUGUGGAGUGAUGGCCACCCUGUCAAUGAUAAUGGUCAAUUCGGUGUCAAAUGCACAGGUUCGUGGAGAAACAUACACAGGUGGUUGCAUGGGACCGCGUGGUGCCAGACUUUGGCUCUUCCUUGGAUUCGUUGUUGGUUUUGCGUCCCUCAUUGCUGCCUGCUGGAUACUCUUUGCGAACUAUGUUAAUGCUAGUUCCUCCAAACACGCCUGGCCUGGAGUGGGUUUGUUCAUGCAAAAUGCCUUCAUUUUCGCUGGAUCUCUCGUGUUUAAGUUCGGACGCACUGAGGAUCUUUGGUCUUAAGCUUAAAAUCUACAUAGUAAAAGUAAUAUUAUUUAAUUAAAAAAUACUCCCAACUUGUAUCUGUUAUUAUUAAUCGCUUCCUAAUAAUAAAAUGAGGUGACUUUGUUUUUAUUAGUUUGUAAUUAAAUUUUCUAUAAUAAACUAUAUGAUUCCAUUA